UAGUAUUUUCAGCUUGUCGGCGAUAGUAGACGUGUACUUUGACUGACGUCUCUUACUGAAGUAGUUAUUUCUGGUGAUAUUGUACAAUGGCAUCGUAUUAUGAUGAACAUGAUUGUGAACCAGACGAUUCUGGUGUUCACAGGAAUCUGGAUCUUCUCCAGUUCGCCAGAAUGUUGGUUGAAAAUAGUGACAUGCUGGACUUUGAUUUGGAUUUAGAUUUUGAUGGAUUUACUCUACCUGGUGAGAGGAGAGCACCGCCAGCGUCAAUAGCCGUUGUACAAGCUCUACCAUCUAUAGAAAUAUCUGCUAAACAAGUCCAGAUGGGUAAAAAGUGUCCAGUUUGUUUAUUAGAGUUUGAUAUUCAUGAAAAAGCCAAACAGUUGCCAUGUCAACACCAGUUUCAUUCAGGAUGUAUAUUGCCAUGGUUAAAAAAGACAAACUCUUGUCCAGUUUGUAGACAUGAACUAUUGACUGAUGACCCCGACUAUGAAGAAUAUCGCAAGCAAAAAGAAAAAUCAAAAGAAAAAGAAGCACGAGUGGAAUCCUUGCAUAAUUCUAUGUAUACGUGA